AUGGAUGGUGUGGCUCGGGCGGUGGAGCGAGUCAUCGCUUCCGAAAUGCCGGAACGUUGUGGGCUCAUCCUAGAUGGAUGGACCCAUUGUUCGAAGCACUACGUAGCGGUUUUUGCCUGCUAUGAGCUCAACGGCAAGUCGAAGACCCCACUCUUCUCCAUGACCCCACUGCUUAAUGACGAGGAUAAUGAUCUCUCGGCGGUAGCCCACCGAGAAUUCCUGGCAGACAUGCUGCCUCGAGACUUUGGAAGGCAGGUACAUGAAUGUGUGUUCCUAGUGGGCGACAACUGUAGCGUAAAUCGUCGCCUUGCAACGCUUGUUGGUGUUGGCUGUGCAUCGCAUCAGUUGAAUCGUGCGGUUCAACGAGAGCUCCAGGAGCACGAGAACGAUCUUGCAGCCGUUCAAGCGCUGAUGAUCAAGUUGAGGACAUUGACCCAAUCCGCAAAGCUCCGUUUAGGCUUAAAACGGACCUGCGUCCGGUAA